AUGGCGUCGACCGAAGAAAGUGGCCGCGUCGCACUCAUCGACACAUCCCGUCACUGCGCUGAUUGCAAUCUUUCCGCAUUAGUGCCACAACAUGCGAUGAAACCUUAUCGAUUGUUGGUGACGAUGGAGCUUAUCCGAGCGCUAGGGUUAGACCGUCAUUGUCGAUUGGUUGUGCCGCCCCUUAUCGACAUAGAGGAGUUGCUCAAGUAUCAUGCUGAAGACUACAUUUCGAAUCUUGGACUUCACAAUUCUCGAAGCUGGUUGUGGAAUACAGAGGUUUCCAAAGUCACUUUUUCAGGCGAUUGUCCACCUGUAGAGGGAAUAAUCGAGCACUCUCUAUCCACUGCAAGUGGUUCUCUUAUGGCAGCCGUGCUGCUGAACGCUGGCAAAGCUGAUAUCGCUAUCCACUGGGGUGGAGGUAUGCAUCACGCAAAAUGUGGAGAGUGUUCUGGUUUUUGCUAUGUGAAUGAUAUUGUUCUUGCGAUUGUUGAGCUGCUAAAGUGCCACGAGAGAGUCUUGUAUGUAGACCUUGACAUGCAUCACGGAGAUGGUGUUGAUGAGGCCUUCUGUCAAAGCAAGCGAGUAUUUACGCUUUCACUCCACAAGUUUGGUGAGUCUUUCUUUCCUGGCACCGGGCAUCCACGCGACAUUGGAUUUGGCAACGGACGUCAUUAUACAAUGAAUUUGGCCAUGUGGGAUGGCAUAGAUGACUUCUUCUACACAACGAUCUUUGAACAUGCUCUUUCUUCAAUUGCCAAGAGGUUUAGCCCUGAUGUCGUGGUUGUGCAAUGUGGUGCUGAUUCGUUGGCAGGGGAUCGCCUCGGGCAUUUCAAUCUGUCGUCCUGGGGACAUGGAAAGUGUCUUGAGGAGGUGAAGAAACUGGGGCUACCCAUGCUGGUGGUGGGAGGAGGAGGGUAUACCUUACGAAACGUUGCCAAGCUUUGGGCAUACGAAACAAGUAUCCUGUGUGGAAAGAAGGUUCCUUUAACCACAGUUAUUCCCGUUCAACGAAUGCCUCUUAGUGGCUGGCUCUUUGAGGACUCACCGCAUCUCUUAGUCUCACAAGAUGAAGAAGACAAGCUUCUUCCUGGGGUCAAUGUUCAGCGAGGUUUCAGGAUGGUGAUUGAGCAGAUAGAUAAACAUUGCCCCAACAUCAGCGUGCCCUGA